AAUCUUUAAGCUGAGAGUAUAACUAAAUCUUUACUGUAGUUUCCAUUCCAUCCCAUAUGGACCAUACUGUAUAAGGUUAACCUUGAAACCAUGUGAACCUUACGUAUUAUAUAAUUCUACUCACUAUUCUUUCACUCUCACAUACGAGAGGAGAAGAUAACAAACAAGCAAAAAAAAAAAAAAAUGGAGAAGGAGAGCUCAGAGAGUAGAAACAGAGCUCGUCUCGCUAUUUUGGAGCUGGCUAACAUGAUUAGCGUUCCCAUGUCCCUCAACGCCGCUGUGAAGUUAGGCAUCGCCGACGCUAUUUGGAACGACGGGACCAAUUCUCCUCUCUCCGCCGCCGAGAUCCUCCCUCGCCUCCUUCUCCCAUCUGGCGGCGGCGAUCCCGAGAAUCUCCAACGUAUACUUCGAAUGCUCACCAGCUACGGUGUCUUCUCUGAACACCUUGUCGGAUCCACCGAGAGAAAAUACUCUCUUACGGACGUUGGCAAAACUCUCGUCACUGACUCUGGUGGCCUCUCUUACGCAGCCUACGUCCUACAGCACCACCAGGAUGCCUUGAUGCGAGCAUGGCCACUAGUUCACACGGCAGUGGUAGAGCCGGAGACAGAACCGUACGUGAAAGCCAACGGCGAGGGAGCAUACGUGCAGUAUGGGAAAAACGAGGAGAUGAACGGUCUGAUGCUGAAGGCAAUGUCCGGGGUAUCUGUGCCGUUCAUGAAAGCUAUAUUGGACGGCUACGAUGGGUUUAAAUCCGUUGAGCGUUUGGUUGACGUAGGAGGUAGCGCAGGGGAUUGUCUCCGCAUGAUCCUUGAACAGUUUCCUAACGUCCGUGAAGGGAUUAAUUUUGAUUUGCAUGAGGUUGUUGCCAAAGCCCCCACUAUUCCUGGAGUGAUUCACGUGGGUGGGGAUAUGUUCCAAUCAAUUCCUACCGGUGAAGCAAUCUUCAUGAAGUGGGUGUUAACGACAUGGACGGAUGAAGAAUGCAAGCAGAUAAUGAAGAAUUGCUACAAUGCAUUACCUGUUGGAGGAAAGCUAAUCGCGUGUGAGCCUGUCUUGCCUAAGGAAACCGAUGAUAGCCACCGGACUCGUGCCUUGUUAGAAGGCGACAUCUUUGUCAUGACCAUCUAUAGAACCAAAGGUAAGCAUAGAACCGAAGAAGAGUUUAAAGAGCUUGGUCUCUCUGCAGGAUUCACUACUUUUCGACCUUUCUACAUUGAUUACUUCUACACCAUCUUGGAGUUUCAGAAGUAAUAUCCUAAAAGCAUUGAUCUUUCCGUAUUUCUAAAAGCUUUGAAAUCAUGAAUCAAGGAGGCCUCUUUGUUGAGAAUCUCUAAUAAAUAAUUUUUCAUCAAGUUGUAAUAAUGCAAAAGACUAUUUCUAAAUUUCACUUUUCAACUGCAUCCUUAAAGGGAUUAUUCAUAAAUUUCAUCUUUGGAGAAAAGGAAAAAAAAAAACCUUUGAUGAUUGCGAGA